AGCAGGAUGUCCCGCAGCUGCCUCCGCAGGCUCUCGUUCUCCCGCUUGGUCCUGGCGGCCUCCUCCCGGUACUCGGUCACCGUGUCCUCCACCACGUCCAGGAUCUCCUUCACCACCACGGUCAGCCGCUCCGUCAGAGCCCCUCCCUUUCUUGUUACCUCUUGCGGUGGAACAGAGCGAGCUGCUGCAGCGACUCUCCACCACUCUGCAUCACCACGAUCCAAAAUCUCACCUCAGCCUCAGACCAGGAGGAAGCUCCAGAGUUCCUCCAUCUUUAAAGGCUGAACGGGCUGAAUCGUCAGAUUUCUGCUGCUCCCUCUCUCAUCACUGGACUGUAGCUCCUGAAUCUCCCGCAGAGACAAAAUGACCAUCACCCUGCAGCUUCCUGUGGACUAGGACCAGAGCGAGGCUUCCCAUCAGCGUUUCUUCAACACUUACCUUUGUCUUCAUCGUCCAAUGGCCACCAGUCCCAGCGCCACCCAGCCGCCCAGCAGCAUGGAGGAGACGCAGCAGCCCAACCAGCCAAUCAGCACGCAGCCAGAUGCCGGAGAAGCCAACCACGUUACAGUGACCUCUCAACCGGCCGCCGCUGAACCAGAAGCCCCCUCCUCUACAACAAACACCCCCGAGGCCAAACAGACAGAGGAGGGAAAGUCCAUGGAGCACCUGACGGUGAUCAGUGACAACAUGGAGACCAGUAACGGUAUCGGUCCGGUGAUGGUCGACUCCUCCCCCACAGCGCCCUCUGUGUCGCCCAAGCUGUACUCUAAGCCAGGCGGCCACGCUAAUGGUCGGCCUCGUUUGGGCAGCCGGUCCGGCUCGUUGGCGGCGGGCUCGCCCAGGCCCUCGCUCACCCGCCAGCCCAGUGCCAUCACAGAGGCCGCUGUGGACGGGUCCAAGCCCAGGGACUACUUGAUCCUGGCCAUCCUGUCCUGCUUCUGCCCACUGUGGCCCAUCAACAUCGUAGCUCUGACCUUCUCUGUGAUGUCCAGGAACAGUCUGCAGCAGGGAAACGUUGACGGAGCUCGUCGUCUGGGUCGUAACGCCAUGGUUCUGUCUGUCGUCUCCAUCUUGGGAGGGAUCGCCAUCAUCACUGCAGCUAUCGCCCUCAACUGGGGAUUGAUAUUAAAAUCCUGAUGAAAUCAUCUUGAACGUUGAGACCGACUUCACGACUCAAUCUGAACCGACACGACACCGCCUCCCUCCGUCCCUCCCUCCUGCUCCUCAGCACUGUCCUUCUCCAGCACCUGCAUCGGAUAAAAACAAACAAAAAAAAUCCCCUCCCGUUCUUUGCUGUUGUUUCUUGCUGCACGACGAGCAUGGUCUGCCUGACGCUCUACCUCCGACACGACCGACCGACCGACCCACUCCUGACACCGACGCCCCGAUCCUGAACAGGAGAAAGGAUGGUGGCAGCUUUCCUCCUCCUCAGACUGCUCUCUACACUUUCUCUCAUUGAUGAACAAGUGUGUCUGUUGUCAUGGAGACGGACAUCUGUAUCUAUGGAGAUGGGAUUAUUCUGAUCUCUACAUGAGUCUCCAUGCCACAGGUCCAGAACUGGAGCAAAACCCGGGGGGAUGUGGUUUUGACUUGUUGAUGCCAAAAAAAAGAGAGAAACUUGUUGCUGAAGCUGAAGCUGAAUGCUGAAGCUGCAGUGAUGAGCUGUCAGUGGUUUUACUGUGAAGGCAGUGAGGUGUGAUGUGAGAAAGUGUUGGACUGUCUCUGUGUCCACCUGUUCCUGUUGUGUUUGUUACGCACACACAAACACAAACACAAACACAGACUGAGACAACAACUGUGCUGCUGCCUGACGUCUCGCUUCUCGUUCAUCCGUCUGCUCGUUCGUCCGUCUGAAAAAAUGAAGCAUGUUCCAUCGGCGAACACACAUCCACCAUGUUUACUGUAAAGUUAAUAAUCCUCCAGCUGUGGCUCAUGUUCAGCUCAACUCACCUGUGAUGUUUAACCUGCAAAGAUCUUCUGAGACAUGGUUCAUUUAAAGCCACUAAAAAACCUGAGAUAUAAUCUAAACACUGUCCAGUAUCUUUAUCUAAACCUCAUACUGUUCUGUUCAGCCUGGACUGUUGAAUGAAAUGAAAGUUUUCUUACUCCAGGACCUGAACCUGGACGUCCUGGUUUCACCUCGGCUCUACGUUUAUCGCUCCUCUCUUCCCUCUCGUCUGUCGGCCUGUCUUAGCGUUUAAAAAGCUGCCCCAAACUAUUUUAAAAAAAGCAGAAAACUAUCAUUUUAAAAAGAAAUACCAACACUACUGGAGUGAACCACAUGAUGAACUGCACAGUAAAGUUUCCUCCCUGAGCGUUCAGAGGCUGUGGUCGUCUGGUCGUCUGAGAGCUCUCAGAUUCCACCUGAGUCCCUCUGGUUCAAACAUCUUUCAUUAUCCUCUGACCACAGGAGCUGCAGCCGUUUCCCUCUUAAUGGACGUGAAGUGAUGGGCAGUGUGAUACUGGUCUCUGGGAUCUUCAGGCCCUCUAUUAAUUUAGGGGAUCAAGGUUACGUUUACGUUGCAAAUCUGGACUCUGAGUCUUCAGGUUCCCACGGUCCUGAUGCAACAUGAGCCGGAUCAGUUUGACUUUCUCUCUCCGGCCUUUUCAUUUCCCUCUGUUCUGCAAAUGUCCAGUCUUUUCUCCUUCUCAGGUUUUUCUCUGCAGUUCCUGGUUUGUCGUUCACUUUACUUUGCUUCAGUGUUUCUCAUGAUCCUGUGACGUGAUGUUAAAUCUCUUGAAAACCUCCAGUCACACGAUCAACACGUUCUUCAUUCCUCCUCUUCAUACCACCCAUUAAAACAUCACUUCCUAUUUCAUCUCCAGUCUGAGUGACGGAGGAUAAAACCUCCUCCCUCCUUUUCCCAGAGUUUAUCUGAAGCAGAACAUUCAGUCUCUGUAGGUUUCCUCUGGCACAAAACCUUCAGAACCACCCACUUUAUUUUGCUCCUUCCAGACUUCUGAGACAUUAAACUGUAUUUUUGAGUAAAAAGCGUGGAUGUCGUCCUCCAUCACUUACAUUGAAAUCUCUCUCUCUUUUAUUUUAAUGUGAGUUUGGAGCAGGAGCGACUGCAGCAGUUAAACCUGUCUCCAUGCUCCUGUUUGUCCCUGGAUUAUUGUUUAAAGACAAACGUGGGAAAAUGUGAACUCAUCCUUUAAACUGAAUACACUAACCGUCACUGUCACUGCACCAACGUGAACAAUACUGAGAUUUAUUUUAACGCUGCUUCACAUUAAAACUCAUUUCCAAACAUUGAACUCUUACUGACAGUUUAAGGUUUGACCAUGAAACAAAUGAUUGGAUUUUUUGAAAGUUACUUUUAUGUUGCAGCUCCAGAAUCUCUACAGUAAAUAGGCCACUUUACCUAUUUCUGUUACAGAACGUGUUCAGUAUCAGUCUGCCCAUCACCAUAAUGUACAGGUGUGUGAUGAAGCCAGGCGGAGCCAGGUCAUCAACCAUCGUUAUGAACCUUGAUGGUUUGUUCUGAUUGGCUGCAGAUCUGGCUGUGUCAACCUGCUCAGAAACUCAUCCUGUGUGUGUGUGUGUGUGUGUGUGUUAACAGAUGCUGUGUGGACUCGUGGUGUCAGGGGGAGGAGCUAAGCUGGUGUGAUGGAGCUCCGUCUCCUGUAUCCUGUGCAUGUUUACAAUAUUUGUAUCAGAAUGCUUUUACAGAAGACUGUAGCCUCAGUUAGCAGCAGAGCUAACUGAGUAGCACUUUGUAAAUAAACAGAAUGAGAAGCUGUAAUGUUUUCUCUCUGCAUCCUGACAGAGACGUAACAGACCCACAAACACCUGAACCUGGGUUGUCGUGUUGUUUUUUAGAACAUGUCACUGCUGUGUAGACGAAGCUCAGCUCGAGGGUUCGAACCGGUGACACGUCUGAACUUUGCACCAAUCAGACAGCGUCUCUGCACAGGGGUGAGGUCAGGCUCCCAGGUGGGGGAGGGGGGGUUCACGUCGUACGAGAUGGAGAAGGCUCCGAUGAAAACGACUUGUGGUUGUGGUUGUUUGAGGAUUUAAACACAAUAAAACAUCAGAUCCAUUAGAUGUGUAGUCACGCUGAGUGAUGGUCCACUGAGGCGGCCAUGUUUGUUUGGGUUUCUCUGUAGUAUUUAGCAGUGAGUUGGAUAAAUCACGUUAGCUCAGAGGGUCACCUCCGUCCUUCACUCCACCCUCUCCUGUACUGUAUGUAGCAUGCCCUGUUUACUAAUCACAUUAUGCAAAAAAAAAAAAAAAAAAAAAAAAAAAAAAGGCUGCAGCUCAGUGUCAGUACGAAUGCUAGCUUCUCUGGUUUUUUGUAUGAACUUGCUUGCGCUACCUCUCAGAGUUGCCUCCGGUGUGUUUCUGACUGCGCCUCACGCUUCUCUCUCUGAUGAUUUGACUGUUAAACUCUGUGCUGUCGUUUGUGUUUCUGCUCUGUUGUGUUACUGUUGGAGAGUUUCACUGCUUCCUUUGUGACUCUGACGAUUCAUGUGCAGGGUUUUAUUCGUGGACGUGUUCAUACUAAUCUACAGCCGCUGUGUGUUCACGACCUGAAAACACAACCAGAGAUGAAAAGUUCUGAGGAAGAUUUUAGAAAUCAGCAGAGAAAAAGUGACGUCUCUACUUCAGAGAUGAGCCGACGACGUGUUUGGGCUAGCUUAGCACAAACACUGAGGUAAGCUAGCUGCUAGUUAGCGCACUAAAAGUGAAAAACCUUAAUUUAAUGUGAAUUAUUCAAAUUUUCCAACAGUCUGAGCUCAGCCUCUCGGUCAGUCCACACUCAGGUUAAACUGCUCUGAUUUGUUGCUGUUUAGUUCUGAUGUUGGACACAGAUCCACAGACGUCACCUGAGACAACUCCUCAACAUGUUAAAACAUCAGUGUUUAAUUCAGGAGCACGACUCAUUAAUCAAUGAGAACUAAAUUUAACUCGAUUAUAUUUCCUCUAAGACUAAACCUGGGAGCAGAGGAGAUCCAGCUGAGACAGGUUCACCUGUACAGGUGAGAAACCGAGCAGUAUCAGUCUGAACAGGUCUGAACAGUCUGUGAAUCCUCCACAGACCUUUUCAUCUAUGAUCACUCUGUACAGAUGCUGUUUUCUGAAGCUCAGUUCGUUUAAUCACCUGAGAGGAGAAGCCAUCUUUCUCUGGGUUUUUCUUUUCUUUCUCUGUCACUUUUUUCUCUCCUUCUAUCAUUUUCAUUUCUUUUGUAAAAGCUCUUUUGACACCUGAUCUUUGUAUUUUUAUAUUUCUAUUCUCAUCCUCUUUUGUAUGGACAUGGUAAUCUACUGUUUGUAACGCUCUGUAUAACCUGCUUCCUGCUUGCUUUUUCUAAAGGUGUGUGUGGGGGGAGGGGCUGUAAGCAUGAGUAGACCGUCAGGCGACUUCAUUACGUCUCUUAUCUUAUUAUUGAUUGCCGUCACCUGACACUGGACUCUAUCUGUGCCUGUGCAUGCCUUCAAUCGACUGCUUUAUAAAGCGUACUGAAUGAGUUUGGGUGUACACUAUACAUUUAUCAAAGACACUGUUGAUCUUGACUACUGAUGUUGAGUAUUUGAUCAUGUUUGAAGGGAAUAAAUCCCAGUUAAAUACGA